AUGUCGCUUAUAGAUGGAGCUUCUCAUCUACGCAGCCUGGUGCAUGACCCUGUAAAGCUACUAACAGGUACAACUUCAACGGCAACAUCAAAGGAGGCUGACUUGAUUGAACCGGAAGCCCAAGUCUUCUCUUCUUCCUCAAGCCCUCCGCCACUGGUAAUCACAAUCGACGACGAUCCUUCUCCACCUCGCGAAAACGAACCGUUAGCUUUUGCCGGCGCCUGCAGCACAAGAGAAAAGAUCGAGGCGCUCCGACGCCUUAUUUGCAGACCCGCUUCUCGCAGCGGUCCGCUGGAGAGCUUGCCUUCUUUGAAUUGCUCACCUCACUACACGUCCCUGGAGAAAGGGCACAGAAGAGCCAAAUGA